AUCAUUCUUCUUCCCGCCCCCUUCUUGGUCGAGCUUCAAGAAAGCGGCGGAGAAAACCCCGGCGAGAGCAGCGUGGAGGUUGGCCGCCGGAGGGAAGAUGUGCGGAAGAGCUCGGUGCACGCUGGAUCCUCAGCAAAUUGGCCAGGCCUGUGGCUUCGUUCCCAACUCCUCCGUCCCGACCCGUCAAUUCGACCGUUAUCAGCCGUCCUACAAUGUUGCGCCGGGUGCUUACUUGCCUGUGGUGGUGGCGGCGCGGAAAGACGGGGAGUCGCCGGUUGUUAUCCACUGUAUGAAAUGGGGUCUUGUGCCCAGCUUCACCAAGAAGACAGAGAAACCUGAUCACUUUCGGAUGUUCAAUGCAAGGUCAGAAUCUGUGAAAGAGAAAGCAUCAUUUCGCCGACUUAUGCCUAAUAACCGUUGCCUUGUGGCAGUAGAAGGAUUUUAUGAGUGGAAGAAGGAUGGAUCAAAAAAGCAGCCAUAUUACAUACAUUUUAAGGAUCAUCGACCUCUUAUUUUUGCUGCUCUUUAUGAUUCUUGGCAGAAUUCUGAAGGAGAUAUUCUUUAUACAUUCACAAUCUUGACAACUCAUUGUUCAUCUGCUUUGCAGUGGCUUCAUGAUAGAAUGCCUGUAAUCCUGGCCGGAAAAGGUUCCAUUGAUAAGUGGUUAGAUAACUCCAUGUCCAAACCUGAAACGCUCUGGGAGCCAUAUGAAGAUUCAGACCUGGUGUGGUAUCCUGUGACCCCUGCAAUUGGCAAAACAACCUUUAAUGGGCCUGAGUGCAUCAAAGAGAUACAGCUGAAACCUGCCUGUGAGAAUCCACUAUCAAAGUUUUUCAUAAAGAUGACAGAUGAUAAAUGUCGGUCACAGCCAGGAUGCAGUGACCCAUAUAAAGAAUCUCUGCCAACAGAAGUGAAAGAUGAGUUAUUUGAUGAUAAAGAAAGGGAAGAAUCCGCUGGGAGUGAGUGUAGACGUGCAGCUGCUUCCAUGCCUCUGAAGAAUGAACCUGUAGACACUGAUACUCCUAUGAAGCUAGAAUUUGAAGAAAUAGCUACUGAUCCAGAACUAAAUACUGAAAACAUAAGUAACUCUUUUGUCAAGGACGGAGUUUUCCCUGUUAAGAAACGGGAGUUAGAAGACAUAGGCACUGAUUCAGGACAAACAACCGAAAAGGUUAGCAACUUCACUUCAAAUCCAGUGAAGAAGGGAAGAAGUAACAAGAAUUCAGGGGAUAAACAAGCAACACUGUUGUCUUAUUUUGGUAAAAGCUAGGAAAAAAAAACCCUGUUGUAGUAAACUGUUUUUUUGUAAUGAAACCUGUGUGACUUUUGUAGUAAUGUAAUUUGUAGAAAAAAUAGACUAAUUUCAUUGAUAUAUAUAUA